AUGUAAGAUUCCCUCGUCAUCCUGGAGAAUGGAGUAGGUUGUGGAACCAUCAAGAGGUCACUAAAGUAUUGAGAGAUAACUCUGGAACUGAAGAAGUUGAAGGACUUGCUCUAUAUUUCCCUUGUUGGUUUAACAUGCCUAGUUUCAGUACAGAAGCAUUUGCCAAUAUGAAGAAACUGAGACUGCUCCAGCUCUACAACGUGCAGCUCAAUGGAGAAUACAAACAUCUCCCCAAAGGGUUAAUAUGGUUGCGUUGGGAAGAAUGCCCUUUAAAGUCCGUACCAGAUGACUUCUUUGAUCAACCAAGACUAGUUAUUUUAGAGAUAAUGUGUAGCAAAUUGGUACAAGUUUGGGAGGGCUCCAAGUCGCUUGAAAACUUGAAAAUCCUUAAUCUCGGAAGUUGCCAUGACUUGAAAAAAUCACCAGAUUUUUCAAAUCUCCCAAAUCUUGAAGAGUUGAUAUUGCAAUGGUGUAAGAGUUUGUCCGAGAUUCACCCCUCCAUUGGUCAUCUUAAAAAACUUUCUUUGGUGAACCUCACAGGCUGCGAGAAUCUUUUUUCUCUUCCUGGGGAUUUCUACAAGUCCAAAUCCGUUCAGACUCUUGUUCUUGAUAAAUGUUGUCAAUUCAGUGAACUACCCGAGGAUUUAGGGAAGAUGAUAUCAUUGAGAGUACUUUCAGCAUCUACCACAGCCAUAAGACAAGUACCGCUUUCCACAGUAAGAUUGAAGAAUCUCACUCAUUUAUCUCUAGCGGGUGUGCAUUCGAAGUUUCCUCUGCAAUUUCCCGAUUCGUUACACGGCUUAGACUCUUUAAGAAAUUUAUAUCUCUCAGAGAUUGAUUUUCUUACCCUACCCAGCCUCAGUGGUCUUUCAAAACUUGAAAAUUUGCUGUUAAGUAACUGCCAUAACCUUCAUACCCUACCCAGCCUCAGUGAUCUUUCAAAGCUUGAAAGUCUCUGGUUAAAUAAUUGCUUCAGCCUUCAUACAAUCUAUGAUUUACCAACAAAUUUGAAAUUUCUGGAUGUGUCUGAUUGCUCCAGUUUGGUAACAAUGCCCAGUUUUUCGAAAAUGUUGAAUAUGAGAGAACUGAAUGCACGUAAUUCAAGCGCACUCACUGAGGUUCCAGACUUGGAUAAGUCAUUAAACUCCAUGACAUGGAUUGAUAUGAGGGAUUGCCCCAAACUCACAGCUGAUUUUAUGAGGAACGUCCUAAAGGGAUGGACUUCUUGCGGAUAUGGUGGCAUUUUUCUCAAUGGGGAUUAUGUUCCUGAUUGGUUCGAGUUUGUCAACGUUGGUAAUAAAAUCACUUUUGAUAUCCCCCGAGUGAUGAUCGUAAUUUUGAAGGGCUGACUCUGGUAUGCUUUUAUUGCUCAAGUCCUUCUCAGUCAAGCCCUUAUAUCAGAUGUAAAGAUAGUCAUCCUCGUACCAGUAUUGAUAUAAAAAUAAGGGUUCCCCGCACAGUCACGGAAAAUUCGGUUAUAGAAAUGACGGAAAAUUUGGUUAU